AAACUAUCUAAAAAAAGAAACAAAAUGUCGAACACCAACGAUGAAAAUAAUAGCUUGCAUUCUUCGAUUAACCAGAGCAAUGCCGAUAACGGUGAACAGCAUAAUGAAGUCUGUCCGAUGGACAUCGAUAUAACAGAUAUUGUGAGAAGUUAUCGAAGCGAGCAAGAUGAAAGACAGUUGAAAAAGCAAGAAAUUCUGGGAAACCCAAAAUUACAACCCUCAACCGAUAAACGCGAAGACCUAGCUACGGCAAUUUUGAAGCGUAAAGAUCGCCCCAAUCGUCUGAUCGUUGAAGAGGCUCAGAAUGACGACAAUUCCGUCGUGUCGCUUUCGCAGGCGAAAAUGGAUGAGCUCCAGCUCUUCCGUGGCGACACCGUCAUUCUGAAGGGCAAGCGCCGCAAGGAGACCGUUUGCAUUGUGCUAACGGAUGACACCUGUCCCGACGAGAAGAUCCGUAUGAAUCGCGUAGUGCGCAACAAUCUCUGCGUCCAUUUGUCGGAUGUUGUGUCCGUGCAAUCGUGCCCGGAUGUCAAGUACGGUAAGCGUGUUCGCAUCUUACCUAUUGAUGACACCACCGAGGGCGUUACUGGCAAUCUCUUUGAGAUAUACCUAAAACCAUACUUCUUGGAGGCGUAUCGUCCCAUCCACAUGGGCGACAACUUCAUUGUUCGUGCCGCUAUGCGUCCCAUUGAGUUCAAAGUGGUGCUCACCGAUCCUGAACCCUAUUGUAUUGUUGCACCCGAGACUGUGAUCUUCUGUGAUGGCGAUCCCAUCAAGCGUGAGGAGGAAGAGGAGUCUUUGAAUGCCGUUGGUUAUGAUGAUAUUGGUGGUUGCCGCAAGCAAUUGGCCCAAAUUAAGGAGAUGGUUGAGCUGCCACUGCGUCAUCCAUCGCUGUUCAAGGCAAUUGGUGUUAAGCCACCACGCGGAAUUCUGAUGUACGGUCCACCUGGUACCGGCAAAACUCUGAUUGCACGGGCUGUGGCCAACGAGACGGGCGCCUUCUUCUUUUUGAUCAACGGUCCGGAGAUUAUGUCUAAGCUGGCCGGUGAAUCAGAAUCGAAUCUGCGCAAAGCAUUCGAGGAGGCUGAGAAGAACUCGCCGGCUAUUAUUUUCAUUGAUGAAAUCGAUGCGAUUGCGCCCAAGCGUGACAAGACUCACGGCGAAGUGGAGCGUCGUAUUGUGUCGCAGCUGUUGACCCUGAUGGACGGCAUGAAGAAGAGCUCCCACUUGAUUGUCAUGGCGGCCACCAAUCGUCCCAAUUCUAUUGAUCCGGCACUGCGUCGCUUCGGUCGUUUCGAUCGUGAAAUCGAUAUCGGCAUUCCCGAUGCCACUGGCCGUUUGGAGGUACUUCGUAUUCACACCAAGAACAUGAAACUCCACGAUGAUGUUGAUCUUGAGCAAAUUGCGGCCGAGACACACGGUCAUGUUGGUGCCGAUCUGGCCUCGCUUUGCUCGGAGGCUGCUCUUCAACAAAUUCGUGAGAAGAUGGAUCUGAUUGAUUUGGAGGAUGACAAGAUUGAUGCGGAAGUGCUUGCAUCGUUGGCUGUCACUAUGGAGAACUUCCGCUAUGCGAUGACCAAGUCCAGUCCAUCGGCUCUGCGCGAAACGGUUGUGGAGGUGCCCAACACCACCUGGACAGAUAUUGGCGGUCUGGAGAACGUGAAGAAGGAGCUGCAGGAACUGGUUCAAUAUCCAGUCGAGCAUCCCGACAAGUUCCUCAAGUUUGGCAUGCAACCCAGCCGUGGCGUGCUCUUCUACGGUCCACCCGGUUGCGGUAAGACGUUGCUGGCCAAGGCCAUCGCCAACGAGUGCCAGGCCAAUUUCAUUUCCGUCAAGGGUCCCGAGUUGCUGACCAUGUGGUUCGGCGAGUCUGAGGCUAAUGUGCGCGACAUUUUUGACAAGGCACGCUCGGCUGCUCCAUGUGUGCUCUUCUUCGAUGAGUUGGAUUCGAUUGCCAAGGCUCGUGGCGGCAAUGUGGGUGACGCUGGUGGCGCUGCCGAUCGUGUCAUCAAUCAGAUUUUGACCGAAAUGGACGGCAUGGGUGCCAAGAAGAAUGUGUUUAUCAUUGGCGCAACCAACAGACCCGACAUCAUUGAUCCGGCCAUCUUGCGUCCUGGUCGUUUAGAUCAGUUGAUCUAUAUUCCAUUGCCCGACGACAAGUCGCGUGAGGCUAUUCUGAAAGCCAAUCUCCGAAAAUCGCCACUCGCUAAGGAGGUUGAUCUAACAUACAUUGCCAAGGUUACGCAGGGCUUCUCUGGCGCUGAUUUGACUGAGAUCUGUCAACGUGCCUGCAAACUGGCUAUUCGCCAGGCCAUCGAGGCCGAGAUUCGUCGCGAAAAGGAUCGUGCCGAGAACCAGAACUCCGCCAUGGACAUGGAUGAGGAUGAUCCAGUGCCGGAGAUUACACGUGCACACUUCGAGGAGGCCAUGAAGUUUGCUCGCCGUUCUGUUUCGGACAAUGACAUUCGCAAAUACGAAAUGUUUGCUCAGACUUUGCAGCAGUCGCGUGGCUUUGGACAGAACUUCAGAUUCCCCGGUAACUCCGGCAACACCUCAGGGUCUGGCACCAAUAUGCCAGCUAACUCGCCAGGCGACAAUGGCGAUGAUGAUCUUUACAGUUAGAUUUCUAGUUUUACACAAGACAACAAUUUUUUAAAUGAAUUUUUCCUCCUAAAAACAAACCAACAAAGCAAACCAACAAUUUUAAAUCACACAAUUGCAGUCUGGAGGACAAAAUACGGCAUCCAUGGGUAACAUCCACCUCCAGCUAUAACAUCCAACAUCAGCAGCUUAUAUCAAUAACGUAAAUAAGUUUCAAAAAAGUUUUGAUACCAAAUUAAUGGAUCAGAACGUAAUUUGUAAUUGGUACACCCAAAAAAAUGUGGUAGAAAAAGAACAAGAAUUAGAAUCACUUAUCAUUCGUGCAUUAUCGAUUGAAA